AUAAGUUUUAUAUUUUUUUAUUUAGGUUUUAUAAAUAAAUUAAAUUAAACAUGACGUUAAAAUUGUAUUAUGAUCUUAUGUCCCAACCUUCACGAGCUCUAUAUAUAUUAUUAAAGGCUACUGGAUGCAAUUUUGAAUCGAAGUAUGUGGAUUUGCGCAAAGGUGAACAUUAUUCUGAGGGAUAUUCAAAUAUUAACAGACUACAAAAGGUACCUGUGAUUGAUCAUGAUGGCUUUCUACUCACUGAAAGUGUUGCUAUAGUCAAUUAUUUAUCCCGAGAAGGUUUAAUACCGGAGACCCUGUACCCAAAAGACAGUAAGACCCGUGCCUUAGUUCAGGAGUACCUGGAGUGGCAGCAUACUGGCCUGAGACUGCAUUGUGCUAUGUACUUUAGAGUAAAGUACAUGGAUCCCAUUCUAUUUGGACGGAAUCCAACUGAAGAGCAGAUAAACGGCUACAAGCAGCGAAUGGAUUUUGCAUUACAACUGUUUGAGACGAAAUGGUUGGGAAGAGGCACUGAUUUUAUUGUGGGGAAUUCUAUUACGGUCGCAGAUCUAUGGGCAGCGUGCGAACUGGAGCAACCAAGAAUGGCUGGUUUUGAUUACACAGAUAAUUAUCCUAAUAUAGUAACUUGGUGGGCUAAAGUGAGACAGUACUUUGACCCACAUUAUUAUGAUGCUCAUGUUAUUUUAAAUAAAAUUGUAAUGAAACAACAAAAAAUGUCAAAAUUGUAAUGUACUUUGUAAGUUUUUUUACCACACAGAAAUUUUUUAAAAGAUUAAAAAUAUUGGGUAGUUGUAAUGUUUGUUAUACUCCGUAUAUGUGAAUGAAGUUAAAGUUAUAACUUAGACUUAGUUUUAACUUUUACUGUCAAAGUUAUAGUAGAUAUAUUAAUGUUAUGGGACUAUUAAUAAAUAUUAAAAAAAUUCUAUUUAAAAAUUUAAUGUUGGUAAGUCUUCAAAAGCUUGUACUUGUUCUUUAAAUGAUUCCAGUGUUGCCAAAGGUCAAUGUAUUUUAAGUCAAUUUGAUUUAUUUAUUAAUGAGAUCUAGAAGAAAUACUUAUUUAAGUGCUUAAAAAUUCAUAGCCACCUAUCUGGUUAUUGUGUACCUUAUUUGUUAUUUGAGGGGUAAUCUUUAAAAGAUACCCUGACAUGUACCCUGCCUUCUGGGGACAAACAGGGUUAUGUGGGUUGCACACUAAACUGCCUCAGUGGCCAUCCUCAAGUGACGCAGGUUCCGGGAUCUCUAAAGAACACCGGAAACAGGAUAUUGUGUACCUAGAAUAAGCUACAAGCCUUAUUUAAUUAGUUUAUACGAUGAAAAGGUUUAUUUUUUUAUUUUUAUAUUUAUGGGAUA